CUAUAGUGCAAAACCUCACGAAAACUCACAACCCCAACUUUCUCUAUCAAAAUGAUAAUGCAGCCCAAUAUUUCCCAUUUCGCUCUCUUCCUUCUCUUCUUGAUCACUGCAACUUCCAUAGCAUCCGACACAGUCGGUAGUGGCGGCGGUGGAAGAAACGUUGAAUCUCCCCAAAUGUCUUCUGUGCCUAACAGCGCGGCAGGGACCCCAACGGGUGCUACUGGCUCCGGCCAUGGCUCUAACUGGGACUACCGAUGGGGGUGGGGGUCGGGUCCUGGAAGCGGAUGGGGUUAUGGUUCAGGGUCUGGCCGGUCUCCCAAUGGGUUUGGAAAGGGCUUUGGCUAUGGUUCAGGUUCUGGCUCUGGCUCUGGCUCGGGCUCGGGGUUUGGCUACGGCUCUGGGAGUGGUGGUGGUGCUCAUGGUUCUGGAACUGGUUUUGGAAGUGGCGGCUCGGGUGGCUACGAGAAUCACUCACCGCCUGAGCCCAGGGACAAAAGGAACCAUGGCUGAAUGCAUGUACUGGCCGGUUAGGUGUUGCAUGGCCUUUAGAUAUGUGAUUACUUUACAUUGUGUGUAAGCUGUGAGUUUGCUUUAUAAGCCAUAUAUAGUGGUGUGAUUAUGUUAAUGUAUUAUGCAAGUUUAAAUUGCAAUUAAGCUA